UUAGAACAUCCAAAAACUCGUUUAUUGAAGUUAAAGUUUUUGUACAUAAUUAUUUCACCUCAUAGCCUAUUUCGGUUGUACAUAAAUGGUUCCAUCGCUUACGAGUAACAGAGUUUUACAUAAUUGGGGAGAAGAUAAGCCGAGAUUCCGAAAGGGAUACGCAAAUAAUUUACGUCUGAGAUAUACUGUAGUAUAGGAUUGGUUGUCUGGUGUAGUCUUCAACAAAAAUCGGCCUUAUUUCAUUCCAUAUGAUUUGAACACGAACGCAGGUGUUAGGUUAUACUCAUGAGCUCCAUUCGAAAAGUGUUGGAGCAGCUUGAAUGCCUUGAUACUACGUUAAAUUUAUACUCCAAAAUUUUUCCCCCAUUGUGAAUAUUGGAGCGGGGACUCGGCAGUGAAUCAACUGUUCGGGGUGUAUGAAAGGUAGUCAUGAGAGUAAAUUUGAAAACUGCUGUAAUAAUUUUCUCAGUUCUUUAUAUUGUACUUACAUUGGUGACAAUGUACAGACUAUACAGUGAUGUUAUUGUUAGAUCAGAUGAGAGUAUCCAUUUUGAGGAAGCCCACGAUGCCAAGAGGAACACUUCUUUGUCUGAGAGUCCUCGAGGAACGAAUAUGAAGAAUCCGAUGACAUCUCAGUAUACAGUUGAGAUAUGGGCAAAAGCAGCAAUUGGUCUUUAUCUGUGGAAGCACGUGUUAAGUGGAGAACUUCAAAGUGUACAGAAUGGAUUCAUUCAGGAGGGAUAUUUAACAGCAGAUGACAUAACCCUUGUAUAUCGCUCUGGGCCAGGUAUAAUUCAGACUACAGUCCCAAGCGAUGUUCAGUACUUGGUUCUUGUACUGAAUGGACGUUCAGAGGAGAAAAUUAUGUCUUCCAAAAUGUGGCUGGAUUAUUUACCUUUGUACCAAAAUUUGAAGAAAUUGGCAGUUGUUCUUCUUGGAAAUGAGAGGUGCGACAAUAAUUGGAUUCUUCCGUAUGUCCGUUCCAGAGGAGGUAGAAUUGAUUUAGUAUUCCUUGUGUACGAUUCUCCACUGAUAGACAAUGUGGAGUUUUACCAGUGGCCUCUGGGGGUGGCAGUGUACCGGGGAUUUCCUAAUAUCAAGUCAGAGAAAGUUGAUGUAACUUCUGUUCGUUCUCAUAUGUGCAAUUUUUUGGGCACUGUCUAUGAAAACUCUUCUCGUGAAAUCCUCUCGCACGUUAUCAAGUCCUUGGAUUUCCAGGAAAACUGUAUCAUUUUAGAACGAAAAAGUUGGAGAUUCGGUUCUGCUCCUAGUACAGGAGGUGAAGAGGUUGGAAAGUCAGAGUGCCCCAAGAUUUUCUCUGUUCUAAGUGCAGUCCUGCAUGAGAAAAACAAGAAGGAUUUGCUGUUUUCAUGGCGGUGGCUUCCUCUGGAAACUGAAGACUCUCUGAAAUAUUACAUGGACUCAUUACUGAAAUCAGAUCUUACGUUAUCUUUAACAUUAAUCCACAGUAAUAAAUAUAAUCGCAAUUAG